AUGCCGAAGUACACAAAAUUUUUGAAGGAGAUAUUGAGCAACAAGAAGAGACUGGAGGAUUUAGGAUUGGUGAUCCUGAACGAGGAGUGCUCCGCCAUUCUGCAAAACAAGCUGCCUGUUAAGAGGCGUGAUCCAAGGAAUUUCACUGUACCCUAUGUCAUUGGUGAAUUACCUAUUAGUAGUGCUUUAGCUGACUUAGGAUCUAGUAUUAAUUUGAUGCCCACUAGCUUGUUUGAUAGACUUGAUUUGAGUGAGCCUAAACCCACUAGGAUGAGCAUUCAGUUAGCUGAUAGGACUAUUAAGAUUCUUAGGGAUAUAGUUGAGGAUGUACUUAUUAAGGUAGAAAAGCUUAUAUUUCCUGUAGAUUUUAUUAUCAUAGACAUAGAGGGUGAGAGUGUUAUGCCACUGAUCUUAGGUAGACCUUUCCUUACCACAUUUAGGGCCGUUAUAGAUGUUUAUGAUGUUAUUGAGUCUUAUAUGCACAAAAUUUUACUUGAUGACCCUUUGCAAGUUGCAUUGCAGGGAGAUGAGAAGGAGUUGUCCAACGAGCAAGUGUUGGAACAACUUGCUUGUUUGCUAGCUAGUGAACCCAGCCGUUCUACUAACCCAUUUAUUUCUCUUGACAGGUCAGACAUGCAGAAGAUGAAACCUUCAAUUGAGGACCCUCCAGUCCUAGAGUUGAAGGAACUACCCAAGCAUAUAAGUUAUGCCUACUUGGAUAAGGCAAAGAGGCUGCUAGUUAUUGUUGCAGCAGACUUCACUCCUGAGGAUAGGGAGAUGACAUUAUCGUCUCUCAGGAAGUACCCUACGGCAUUCGCAUAUAAGAUUGCGGACAUCCCUGGAAUCUACCCCAGUUUUGCUCGUACAAGAUCUUGA